AGGUCUUUCUCCUAUUUGUCAUUUUAGUCAAAUAAAUCUGUCAUCAUGCGCGAAAUCGUUCAUCUGCAAGCCGGACAGUGCGGAAACCAGAUUGGUGCUAAGUUCUGGGAGGUGAUCUCAGACGAGCACGGAAUCGACCCCACCGGUACUUACCAUGGCGACUCUGAUCUCCAGCUCGAGCGUAUCAACGUCUACUACAAUGAGGCUACCGGCGGCAAGUACGUUCCACGAGCCGUGCUCGUCGACCUCGAGCCAGGCACCAUGGACUCCGUCAGGUCGGGACCAUUCGGACAGAUCUUCAGACCAGACAACUUUGUUUUUGGACAGAGUGGAGCGGGAAACAACUGGGCCAAAGGACACUACACAGAGGGCGCUGAACUGGUAGAUUCUGUACUCGAUGUUGUCCGCAAGGAAGCCGAGAGCUGUGAUUGCCUACAGGGCUUCCAACUGACACAUUCCCUUGGUGGCGGUACCGGCUCUGGUAUGGGAACACUUCUCAUCAGCAAGAUCCGUGAAGAGUACCCGGACCGUAUCAUGAACACAUUCAGCGUUGUGCCAUCACCUAAAGUAUCAGAUACCGUUGUAGAGCCAUACAACGCUACACUCUCAGUCCAUCAGCUGGUUGAGAACACAGACGAGACCUACUGCAUUGACAAUGAAGCACUCUACGAUAUUUGUUUCCGCACCUUGAAGCUCACCACGCCGACGUAUGGUGACCUGAACCAUUUGGUGUCUGCCACCAUGAGUGGAGUGACCACGUGUCUUCGUUUCCCCGGACAGCUCAACGCUGAUCUCCGCAAGCUUGCCGUCAACAUGGUGCCAUUCCCCCGUCUCCAUUUCUUCAUGCCAGGCUUCGCUCCUCUGACAAGCCGUGGCAGCCAGCAGUACCGUGCCCUCACCGUUCCCGAGCUCACCCAGCAGAUGUUCGAUGCCAAGAAUAUGAUGGCCGCCUGCGAUCCUCGUCACGGUCGUUACCUCACCGUCGCAGCGGUGUUCCGUGGGCGAAUGUCCAUGAAGGAGGUUGACGAACAGAUGCUCAAUGUCCAGAACAAGAACAGCAGCUACUUCGUCGAAUGGAUCCCCAACAACGUCAAGACCGCCGUCUGCGACAUCCCACCCCGUGGUCUCAAGAUGGCUGCCACCUUCAUCGGCAACAGCACCGCCAUCCAGGAGCUCUUCAAGCGCAUCUCCGAGCAGUUCACCGCUAUGUUCAGACGAAAGGCCUUCCUUCAUUGGUACACUGGUGAGGGUAUGGAUGAGAUGGAGUUCACAGAGGCUGAGAGCAACAUGAACGUUGUGUCCGAGUACCAGCAGUACCAGGACGCCACCGCCGAGGAGGAGGGCGAGUUUGAUGAGGAAGAAGCUGAAGCCGACGAGGCCUAAACACACACAACAUUCCCGUCAUCAUGACAUCGGCAUUCUGCACUCGCCGAACUAGUUCAGUUCGCACACAAGAUAAAAUAGUGCACCCAAUAUAAUCUACUAAAAUCAGCAUAAAUUAGUUGACAAAAAUAAAAUCUACUGUACUAUGACAACUUCAUGGAACAUGAUUAAUUUCUCGAGAAAAAAACAAAAUAAAAACUUGUCUUUUGCAAAUCUUCGUCCAACGAUUAAGGAGAGAAAGAGCAGUGUCCAAAGAUAUUGUAAUUGAUUAUUCAAACUUUUCAAACACAUUUCAUAAUUGUAUGCAUUUCGUUUUCAUGAACACACCAAAUAUCUCAUUUUGCCAGGUGAAGAUCUCGUCUUAUUAUUAGUGUGCGUUAUUUUAUCAUUAUUGAUAAAGACUCAAAUAUAUUUAUAUAAUUUUAUAUAUUUUAUAUCUAACUCUAUUCUGAUCUAUGAUUUAGAUAUGCAUAAGUCAUGUCAGUACUGAUUCUUUCUUUAUUUCUCAUGAGAAGAAGUAAUAAAAAUUGACACAAUGCAACCUCAA